ACGUUAGCCUACUAUGCGUUUGAGUGCAUGAGUGUGUGAGAGAGAUCGAGCCUUGUUUACAGCGUCAACUCAACGGAGAGAGACUACAUGAUCUACUCCACAUCCUUCACAUCUCUUAAAUGAACACCGAUCCGAUCCCUCAAAAAUCAUAUGUGCCCUCCAUACUCCGCUUUUUGAAGAGAAAAAUCAAGCUUUGAAAUCUCAGACUGAAGAUGGUGGGAGGCUGAGAGAGACCAUUUUAAAGCCUGGACGAAUAUUAUUUGGCAUCUUUCUGAGUUUCUUCACCGAUUUUUGGCCUUUAAAAACGCUGGAUGAGAAGUACAGAGCAUCUUGCAGCUGAUGAAGAUCACACACACUUACACACACUCGUCCAGACUGUUUUAGCCAGCGGACCCGAGCGGGUUUCACUCAACUCCAGCGAAAACCAGCCUGCGAGGAGACCUGCAACGUGUUUUCCCCAUUUUUCCCACGCCAUGGAGCAGGGAAUUGCGGAUUAUCAAGCCGUUACGUGUUUUGCUUGGUUAUUUUCACAUAAAUCGACAAGGAGAAGCUGUAAAAAAUAAUAUUUAAAACGUUUAAGGAGCCCGAGAAUCAGUGCGGUUGAAUCCGCCUCAUGGUGUGGGCAUAACGGGCUGAGUCUGCUGGAGAAUCUCGCUGGGGUGUCUGGAGGAUCAUUUAUCCCAGCAAAACACCAUGAAGAUGGAAGAACUUGGUUUUGUUUGAUUAUUUCCAGCUCAUGUUUAUCUAUAUUUUUGUUUUCACCCCCUCCAUAAGGAGGCACUAAGUUGGAUAAACCAACUUUGAUCAUAUUUUUGUACUGAGAAGACUUCAAGAGUCAAGCAUCAUCUACUUUGAAGGAUUGCUGCCUCCCCUAUUUUGUAAUAUAUAUAUUUUUAAACUAGUGUUUGCCGUGUUUUUGUAUAGGAAUGAGGUCUAGCAGACAGAGGCGAUAUUGGACCAUGUUUUGUGGUCUGGUGCUGGUCCUCUCCACACUCUGUCAUGGAGAAAUCUGUGGUCCAGGCAUUGACAUUGGCAAUGACAUCAGUAAUUUCAAGCGGCUGGAGAACUGUACAGUGGUUGAGGGAUACCUGCAGAUCCUCCUCAUCGGAGGCAAAAACAAUAACAACCAGGAGUUCUUCCGCACCCUCAGUUUCCCCAAACUGACCAUGAUUACGGAUUACCUUCUCCUCUUCCGUGUAUCCGGGCUGGACAGCCUCAGCACCCUCUUUCCUAAUCUUGCUGUGAUCCGGGGUCGUAACUUGUUCUACAACUACGCCCUGGUCAUAUUUGAGCUGACCAGCCUGAAGGACAUCGGCCUCUACAACCUGCGAAACAUCACACGGGGUGCGAUACGAAUUGAGAAGAAUCCCGAGCUCUGCUACUUAGAUUCUGUAGACUGGUCUCUCAUUAUGAAUGCCGAAUUGAACAAUUACAUUGCUGGAAAUAAACAGUCCAAGGAGUGUGGAAAUGUUUGUCCGGGAAUCAUGGAGGACAACCUUCAGUGUAUCAAGACCAACUUUAACAGGAAUGACAAUUACAGAUGCUGGACCUCCAACCAUUGCCAGAAAGUUUGCCCGAAGAUGUGUGGACAGCGGGCGUGUACUGAUUUGGGCGAGUGCUGCCACCCCCAGUGUCUGGGCAGCUGCACCGUGCCCGACAACGACAGGGCCUGUGCCGCCUGCCAGCACUACUACUACGAGGGCAGCUGCGUGGAGGAUUGUCCGCAGAACACGUACAAGUUUGAGGGCUGGCGUUGCAUCACCAUGGACUUCUGCUCCAAGGUCCACCUGCCUGAUUAUGACCGUUUCGUGAUCCACGGAGGAGAGUGUAUGUCUGACUGCCCACCCGGCUUCACGCGUGAUGAGAACCGAAGUGUGUCUGGCAGCAUGACCUGCACUGCCUGUAACGGCCUAUGUGACAAGAUCUGUGAUGAAAAGGUCAUUGACUCAGUGGACGCGGCUCAGUCCCUCAAGGGCUGCACCGUUAUCAAAGGAAACCUGCAUAUCAAGAUCCGCCGUGGCACCAACAUCGCCUCGGAGUUGGAGAACUUCCUGGGACUCAUCAAGACGGUGACGGGAUACAUCAGGAUACGUUCAUCACACACCCUGAGCUCGCUCUCCUUCCUCAAGAGCCUGAGAUACAUCCAUGGAGAGGAACUCUGGGAUGACGCGUAUGCCUUUGCUGCUUUGGAUAACCAGCAUCUCCAAAUUCUGUGGGACUGGUCCCAGCACAAUCUCACAAUAAAUGCUGGAAAACUGUACUUCCGCCUGAACCCCAAACUCUGCAUGUCCGAGAUCCGCAAAAUGUGGGCAAAAACAGGAAUUAAGGAGAAGUUUUUGGAAGGAGAUUUCCGCAACAAUGGAGACCGUGCAAGCUGUGGGAGUAAAAUUCUUAAGUUCUUAUCGAAUAGCACGAGGAGUAAUAGAAUCGAGUUGACAUGGGAACUUUUUCGACCGCCAGAUUCCAGAGACCUCAUCAGUUUUAUUGUGUACUACAAAGAAACGCCUUUCCAGAACAUUACAGAGUUUGAUGGUCAGGACGGUUGCGGAUCAGACAGCUGGAACAUGGUUGACGUGGACUUACCGCAGGACCAAACCCAAAAUCCUGGUGUUACCCUGUCCAUGCUGAAGCCUUGGACUCAGUAUGCCAUCUUUGUUAAAGCUGUAACGCUAGUUGUGGAGGACAGGGACAAGGACAGACAGCAUCUUGGGGCGAAGACUGAAGUGGUGUAUGUUUGGACUAAACCAUCAGCACCCUCAAUGCCUGUAGACAUUCGUGCGUACUCUAACUCUUCAUCAAAGCUGGUGGUGCGGUGGUCUCCACCUGUGACCCCCAAUGGAAACAACACCUACUACCUGCUCCGCUGGAAGCAGCAGGGCGAGGACCAUGAGCUCUACCAGCACAACUACUGCUCCAAAGAACUGAAGAUCCCCGUCAGGAUUUCAGCCACGGGUUUGACAGAAACCGAAGACACCAAACCCACCAAUCCUGAAACAGGGGGGAGGGACAAAGUCCCCUGUUGUCCGUGCCCUAAAACAGAGAAGGAUCUGAAGCAAAUCGAGGACGAUAUCUACUACCGCAAAGCCUUCGAGAAUUUCCUUCAUAACGCCAUAUUCACCCCCAGACCUCCCGACAGGCGAAAGCGAGAUCUGUUUGGCGUGGCCAAUGCGACUUCCAUCCACUCUCUGCUGUCGGGAAACUGGAACCUGACUGAAGGAAACUUCUCAGAUGAUGAGCCGCCUAGACGGGCAUUUUCUUUUCUGGAGAGGAAGGUGAAGGAGCGAACUGCUGACAUCAGUGGCCUGCAGCCCUUUACCGUUUACCGCAUCGACGUGCACGCCUGCAACGAAGAGGUCCGACACUGCAGCGCGGCCGCCUUUGUCUUUUCCCGCACCAAACCAGCAGAAAGAGCCGAUGACAUUCCUGGCUCAGUGAGCUGGGAAGCUCUGGAGGAUUCGGUGUUCCUGAAGUGGCCUGAACCGCAUAAACCCAACGGCCUGAUCCUGCUGUAUGAGAUUCAGUAUCGUCUUGGGACAGAGCCUGAGAAGCAUGAGUGUGUAUCCCGUCAACACUACAGGGAGCACAAAGGGGUAAAACUCUCCAAUUUGGGACCUGGGAACUAUUCUGCCCGUGUGCGUGCUACGUCUCUCGCCGGAAACGGGUCGUGGACUCAACCCAUAGCUUUCUAUGUGAUUCAGGUUGAACAAACACAUUAUGAACACUUCCUGUACUUCAUGAUUAUCCCGAUCAUCCUGAUUUUCGCCGCCUUCGCUGCAGUGGCUUUCAUCUUGGUGAACAAGAAACGAAACAAUGACAGGCUUGGAAAUGGAGUCCUUUACGCAUCCGUUAACCCAGAAUAUUUCAGCGCAGCAGAGAUGUAUGUGCCGGAUGAAUGGGAAGUGGAGCGAGAGAAAAUCACCAUGUGCCGAGAGCUUGGACAAGGAUCUUUUGGUAUGGUGUACGAGGGCAUCGCGAAAGGUGUUGUCAAAGAUGAGCCAGAAAUCAGGGUGGCCAUCAAAACCGUCAACGAAUCGGCUAGCUUGCAUGAACGCAUUGAGUUCCUUAAUGAAGCCUCAGUGAUGAAGGAGUUCAAUUGUCACCAUGUGGUGCGUCUACUGGGUGUGGUCUCGCAGGGUCAGCCCACCUUGGUGAUCAUGGAGCUGAUGACACGAGGAGAUCUGAAGAGUUACCUACGCUCGCUUCGAUCCGCUGAGAACACCUCCAAUUUGCCUUUGCCACCAUUGAAGAAGAUGAUUCAGAUGGCAGGAGAGAUAGCGGAUGGCAUGGCGUACCUCAACGCUAACAAGUUUGUUCACAGAGACUUGGCAGCAAGGAAUUGCAUGGUGGCUGAAGAUUUUGCAGUCAAAAUUGGUGACUUUGGCAUGACGCGGGACAUUUAUGAGACGGAUUACUACAGAAAAGGAGGCAAGGGACUACUGCCUGUGCGCUGGAUGUCCCCCGAGUCCCUCAAAGAUGGAGUAUUUACCACAAUGUCUGAUGUCUGGUCCUUUGGGGUUGUGUUGUGGGAGAUAGCCACCCUGGCCGAGCAGCCCUAUCAGGGCAUGUCCAAUGAGCAGGUACUGCGGUUUGUCAUGGAGGGAGGACUACUAGACAAACCAGACAACUGUCCUGAUAUGCUGUUUGAGCUGAUGCGCAUGUGCUGGCAGUUCAACCCCAAAAUGCGUCCGUCCUUCCUGGAGAUCAUCAGCAGCCUCAAGGACGACCUGGAGGAGGGCUUCAAGGAGACGAGCUUCUUCUACAGCGAGGAGAACAAACCUCCCGACACGGAAGAGCUGGACAUGGAGAACGUGGGAACCAUGGAGAACGUUCCUCUGGAGCCGUCCUCCAGCCUGCAGCCCCUCGCCCCCUCUUUGGCCUCCCCUCAACAGUGCUCCCCUGCGCCCCAGUGCUCCGCCACUCCGGCCGGCCCGUCGUCACCGCCUUCCUCCCCCAGCUCCCCGGACAAGCACCCGCUCCCCGCAUCGGCGGCAAACGGGCCCUCCAUGGUUCUCCGGAGCCCGUUUGACGAGUCCCAGCCUUACGCUCACAUGAACGGGGGGCGUAAGAACGAGCGUGCCUUGCCUCUGCCCCAGUCGUCGGCUUGCUGAUCAGCGGCCCGACCCCGUUUCCGAAAACACGGACGUGUCUCUGUCUGUCAAGCCACUGUGUGGUCUCCUGAGAAGAAAUAUUAAAAUAAAGAGACAAGGAAAGAAAAAAAAAA